AUGGCAACGCGCAAUGAGUCACGCGUCAAAAACGAGGACAAACGCUCGCGGCGCGGAUCAGAUAACCGCCCAUUGUUAGUGGGAUUAACGCAGCACCCGGAGCACAUCCUGUCUCCCACUGUCUCCCACGACACUCACCCAUCUGCAGCACCCACGGGAUCCCCGCAGUCCAGGCGCAGACAGAAGCGGCUGAUGAAGCGGACUGACGCGAAACAGAAGCGAAGUGGACGCGAAACAGAAGCGAUGAAUACUAGAGUCCACACCAGUGCAGAAAGGCGACCAUAG